AUGGUUCGUUUGAUAAUAACAUUACUUGCCUCUUUUAUUUUGGCAGUCAAUGCGUUCGUCUUGCCCCAAGACAGAACUGCUGGCUUUUCAACUGCAUUGAACGUUGCAACUUUUCCUCCUGUCCCUAAUUCUGGAGACAAUUCGGGCUAUGUCGCUGAAAUCUCGGAAGAAAACCCACUCAAGGUUCUGGUGGCUGGUGCUGGAGUUGGUGGAUGCGCGUUGGCCAAGGUUCUUUCCAAGAACCCAAAUAUUGAUGUCACCGUUUUGGAGCGAACUGAUGCAUUCAAGCGAUUCGGUGGACCUAUCCAACUUGCCAGUAAUGCCCUGGAGGUUUUGAAGGAGAUGGACGUUGAAGUUUUCGACCAAAUUAUGGAAAAGUUUACUUUUACAGGUGACAAAGAGAAUGGAAUCAAGGAUGGUAUUCGUACCGAGUGGUAUGCUAAGUUCGAUUUGAAAAACCCUGCGGAAAGCCGCAAAAUGCCUUAUACUGGUGUCAUUGAACGACCUGACCUGCAAGAGAUCUACCUUAAGAGUCUACCUGAGGGAUGUGUUCAGAAUGGGGACGGUGUAAAGUCUUACACCACAGAUAAAAAGACUGGUGCUGUUACGGUGGAACUGGACUCUGGAAAGACUGUCUAUGGAGAUGUUUUGAUUGGAGCUGACGGAAUCUGGAGUACUGUCCGAGCUACUAUGCGUAAUGAACCUGCUCGAGGAGAAGGAUCUGGGGCUUCGUACUCUGGAUACACUGUUUUUGCUGGGGAGUUGAACUAUGCCUCACCUGAUCAUGGACAGGUUGGAUACAAGGUUUACAUUGGACCUGGACAAUACUUCGUUAUCACUGACAUUGGAAACGGCCGUUAUCAGUGGUAUGCUUUCCUUGCCCGUGACCCAGGAUCUAUCAGUGACCCCAAGCCAGAGGGAUCUUCCAAGUAUUUACAAGACAUAUUUGCCGGAUGGUCCAGUGAAAUACAUGCCAUUCUGACUGUCACCCAAGAAGACGAAAUCGAACAACGUGACUUGUAUGAUCGUCCACCAAGUGUCCGGAAGCCUUGGUGCGAUGGUCAUGUCGCUCUGCUUGGUGAUGGAAUCCACGCUAUGAUGCCAAAUCUUGGACAAGGUGGAUGUCAAGCUAUUGAGGAUGCCUAUGUCAUUUCGAAAGAGUUGGGAAAAGCCAAGUCACGAACACAGGUCACAGGUCUUUUGAAGUCCUACCAAAGACGGCGUUUGAUGCGAUCAGCUGCGGUCCAAGGAUUAUCUCGAUUUGCAUCUGAUAUCAUCAUCAGAGGUUUCGAUACCCCAGCCAAGAUUGUGAAAAAGGAUGGCGAAUUCAUGCCACGAUUUGAGAACUUCAACUAUGCUGGAAUUGUCACCAGAAUGUUGCAGCCAAUUCUCCCCGUUUUCUUCAACGUUCAAUUCAACUUCUUGUAUGAUGGAUUCAGAAGUGAGAUGGAAGUUGAUCUCGUAGCCGCACUUACUUUCCUCGUAAUUGGAGGUUUCAUUUUGCUUGUCACUGCUGGAGUUGUCGGAGAAGCAGGAAUUGCUGCAUCUAUCGGUUUGGAUGCUCUCCUUGGCACUGAAGGAUUCCUUGACUUUGAAGCUAUUUCUUCCGCAUUUGAGAAGUUCUUCUCAACGUAA